AUGAAAUACCUGCAGAGGAGGAGGAUUUUUCAAGGCAUCCUUCUGCUCCUCUUGUCAAGCAUAACUUAUUACCUCUACUCGUCAAUUACGGCCUCGCCUCAGCGGUUCAAAGGGGCAAUACCUUUCGAAGAUGAAUUACCACUCAUCACGCUUAUAGCUUUCUUUGAUGGCGCGAAGAUAGGACCAAGCCUACUACCUUAUUUCUUCCGAAGUAUAGGUCAACAACCUCACGCAUUGGAUCUACUUAUUGUCCAAAGGAAUGGUUGUUCGGAUAUAAAAGGAUGGACUCGUGGAAUGGAGAAUAUCAAACAUGUUUGCUUAUCAGAGAAACAAUUCUGGGGACAACAUACAGAAUACUUUUGCAAGAAAUGGGGCGGUUGUUCAAGAAUGCAGAGAAAAACUAUGUUAGCAGAUAUGACAUCUUACGGCCGGAUCCGGGACCCUCAUGCGCAUUAUCGUAUGUUGAGAGGAUGGGUUUUUGAAAGAUACGUGAAGCCAGAGACAGCGUAUUGGGGGUUUGUGGACUUUGACACUCUCGUAGGCGAUUUCUCCCAGACGUUCCCGUACGACUUGCUUGAGCAAGACUACGAUAUCAUCGCGCCCUCUGAGCCGAACGACAAUGGAGGGAAGCGAUUGAUUUUCAUGAGAGGGCAUAUGACGUUUAUCAGAAAUAGAAAAGAAACAGAAACAAAGAUACUUGGAUAUCCAGAUUUCAGUAGUUUCGAAGAAUGGGAUAAACGAGGUUUGAAACCCUAUCCCAACUCCAUCGCGGAAGGAACAUAUUCAUCAUACGUGAUCAGGGAACCAUCAAUUAAUAUAUUAUCUUUUGAUGGACUGGCUUUCUCAUCUCAACCACAUAAAUUUUCACCGGCUGGCGUUCUGUUACUUCCAGAAUCAUUCAGUCUACGAGGAGGGGAGGAGGCUCCUCAAGCGCUCUCACCUUCAUUGGUACGGGCCCUUAUGACGCGUGCUCUACGUCUUCCAACCACCCGUAGUUAUACUUCGUAUGGGAUAGAAAGGUCUAUCACGGUACAUCACCAAGAUCCCGCUGAUAGGAAAUUAUGGUUCCCAGCUGAAUUUGCCAAUUACUAUGAUGCUGAGCGAGUUCCAGAAUACGGACAUGGAAAGAUCAUCAAAUGGAAGAGAUAUCUGAUGAAAAUCGAUGGGAAAUGGAGUGAAAGGUUAGAACCAAUGAGGGAAUUCAGAGAUAUUGCUGAAGAAGCUCUACACGACGCGUAUGGACAUUUAUAUGUUCAUCAUCAAGAAGACAAAAGACAGGCACAUUUCAAAGAAUUUCCUCAAUCUCCAAUUGGCGACAUAUUUAUCAAUUAUAUGUACAACGGAAACGCCUUAUACGAUUCGGAUAGUGGUCAAAGACUAGUUUGGAGACCGAAAAGACCACAACAAUGUUGCGCUUGGGGUUGUGUUGAAUUAGACGAAGUACCGAUCCCUGAUAGAAUAGACCUAAAAGAAUGGCGUCAAGGUGAAAAAGAUCGAAAAGAAUGGUGGGCAAAGUCGAAACAGAUCAGAUUGGGAUAUAGCACGGAAACUCUACCCGCUGAUCCUGGCGUGCCUACUCCCCCAACUUUCACGCGAUUAUUGAAAGAGCAAUGA